CGUGUUCCGCAGUGUCAACCUCGUCCGUCGUGCGUCACCUGGGUCCGCGCUUUCCUUCCCCCUCCCCGAACAGCGGAGGCUCCAUUUUGUUUGAUUCGGGAUUUUGCGGUCACUGUCGACAGCUAGCUAAAACAGUUACCACCAACACUACCCGAAGGAACACCUCCAGCAUCAACAUGAGUGGGUGUCGUAUUUUCAUCGGCCGACUCAGCCCCUCGGCUAGAGAGAAGGACGUGGAGAGGUUCUUCAAAGGCUACGGCCGCAUCCGAGAUAUCGACCUCAAGAGGGGCUUUGGGUUCGUGGAGUUUGAUGACCCCAGAGACGCUGAAGAUGCAGUGUAUGAGCUUGAUGGCAAAGAGCUGUGCAAUGAAAGGGUGACCAUUGAGCACGCCCGUGUUCGUCUGCGAGGUGGCCGCGGCAGAGGUGGCAGCGGUGGAGGAGGGCGUUUCUCUGAUCGCUAUGGCCGAGGCUCCCAAAACAGUCGGAGUCGAAACCCUCCUCCGAUGCGCACUGAGAACCGCCUGAUUGUGGAGAAUUUGUCCUCUCGCGUCAGCUGGCAGGACCUGAAAGAUUUCAUGAGACAAGCUGGAGAGGUGACAUUCGCAGACGCACAUCGCCCCAAGCUCAACGAAGGGGUUGUUGAGUUUGCCUCUUACAGCGACUUGAAAAACGCCCUUGAGAAACUGUCUGGAAAGGAAAUCAAUGGCAGGAAAAUCAAGCUCAUAGAGGCAGCCAAGAAGAGGUCAAGAAGUCGUUCCCGGUCUGAAAGCUCUUCUCGCUCACGGUCUCGUUCCCGUGGUCGCUCUCCGUCACGCUCCCCUAGACGCUCUCGCAGCCCCGCCAAGGCCCACAACCGUUCCCGCUCCCGCAGUGGUUCUCCUGGCGGCGGCGCUUCAUCCCCGACCCCCAAAUCAAAGGAGCCGACCAAACGCUCCUCCAAGACGAGCAAGUCGGCCACCCCGCCCUCCCCUCCACCCGCUCAGAGAGCUUCUGUCUCUCGCUCCCGCUCUCGUUCGCGCUCCCGCUCUCGUUCCCCCUCUACCGACAGCCAGCGCUAAGAGCUGUGUGUUAAGUCUGAUGGGAAUCAACAGUAGAAACAACUUGUUUCAGCAGUAGAAUCAGCUUGGAGGAGUUGGCACACUGGAGCUCCCAUGAACCCCUCUGAAAGCCAAGAGGAGAGUUUCCUCAAGCGAAGUUUGGUUUUUCCUGUCUGGAUUUUUCUCAUCACUCUCAUCAAGUUUUUCACAUUAAACACGUAGAUACAUCGUCAGACAGGAAAUAGUGAUAUUGUCAUUAUUGGACAUUUAAAUUAAAUAACAUUAAUUGAAGACAGCAGAUUCACAGUGUUGCUGUUUGUGUCGUUAUCCUAAAGUAUGGACCCAUAUGUAUGUCCACCCUCCGUGACUCCUCACCUCUGCGUUUAUUCAUCCAACAAGGCUGCAGGUCCAGCGCUGCUGUGCCAUCACCUCUUCUCACUAAAACACCGAAAUGCCCGAGUGAACCAGCGUCUAGAUUUCACUGGCAUCGGGCUCGAGAGUCAUUUAUCUCUACACUCUAAACUCUUCAAGUGGGAAUCUGUAUUUUUCAGCAGUUAACGGGAUGCUUUUGAUAAGUCACGUGACCACUUUCUUUACUUCUUGUGAUACUUUUGCUCGUAGGUGGGAGAAUUUUUAAUCACUCUCCACAUUUUUUGUCCUUAUCACUCAUGUUUUCCAAGCCCCCUUUUUUCCCCCUGACCUACUGUACCUACCACAGCUGCUGUGUGUGAUCUGUAUAACUUUGGAUGCUUGCAUGUGCUUUUGUUUGAUUAAAAUUAAGAAUCUUAUUAUUAUAUUAAUACUUAAUUUGUUCUCCAUAAUUACGACUGACAUUGGCAGCUUCAGUAUCAAGAACACUUGUGUACAAUUAAGCACAUUGUUCCACCAGUUAAACAACUGUACAAUAAAUUAACUUAAUUUCAUGGAUUACAGUUUCUUGCAGUGACUGUUAAACUUAUUUUGUUGGGAGAUGAGGAUAACUCUUUGAUUUCAACUCUUCAAGCAUUGUACUGAAUGUUAUUUGAUCUUUCUGGUUUAAGGGUUUUGUGUACAGCAUUUGAGAAUUUUGUUUUGCAUUAAGUGUACAAAUGUAAUUCCAAGAGAACUUUUGUUGGUACUGUGACUGGUGUUACUGUGGUUCAAAUUAACAUGUAGACAAGAGUUUGAAAAAUACAACAUUUUUUUACAUAAGGAUUUUAUUUUCAGUGAAAAAUAUGAUGGACGUUUGUAUGCUGUAGGAAGACGAUGAACUCAAUAAAAGCAUUUUAACUAAA